AUGGAGAGCGACGGCGAAGUUUCGGCCUCGGCUAACCCUUCCCCGUCGCUCGGGGAGGUGCCAGCAGUGGCAGAAGAGACGAUCGGCGCUUCAGAUGAGCAGGAGGAUCCUGCUGCUGCUGCUUCUGCCGUUGUUGACGAGGAGGGCGACGACGGACCGGCGGCGGAGGAGGAGGAUGACGAGGGGGAAGGAAUCAGCGACGACGAGGAAGCUUCGGGUCGAAGGAGGGGAAAGGGGGGAGAGGAGGAGGAGGGAGAGGAGGAGGGGAAAAGGGGGGUGAAGGAUCCUCCCUACGAGUACCCAACUGGCUUGGUGGAGAUCGAUGAGCAGGAGCUAGCUCCGGCCGGUAACAUCUACGAUAGUUGGACAGCGACCCCCGGGGUCACUGGAGAAGCCUUGGACAACGUCACGCUCAUACUCAAAUUUGAGGCCAUGGGGGCCCAGGACUUAACCGUCGGCCUGGCGCACAAGUCCGGAGGCAAGGGAGGCAUGUACCAGCUCAUCAUCGGCAACAAGGGCAACCUGCAAGUCGACCUCGAGAAAAGACAGCAGGGUCGACGUGGCGAGACGGUGGCAUCGUCGGCGGGGCUCCUCUGCGCUUCCAAGAGGGCGCAUCGGUACUGGGUCGCGGUGAAGCACGGCAGGCUAGACUUCGGGGUGGGGGAUGUCUGCGGGCAGCGCACCGUGCUGUCGUACCUGGACACGGAGUCCCUGGUUGAGGUUCGCUACGUGGGCUUCACCUGUCUGCGGCACAGAGCGGUAUUCCGCGACAUCAAGAUGGAGGCGGAGGCCGGCACCGGACCGCUGGGCUCGGCGGUGGAGACGGAGCUGGAGUUCGUGCGUGCGGAAGGGUGCGACGAGGGCUUCUCCGGAGAGGACAAGGAAUCUUUGGACGCGGCCUUGGAGCAGUACCAGCAAGAGUGCGAAAACAUGAAGAGGCGUGCUCGAAAAUUCGGCGGAGCCUAUUCGCCGCCCUUUCUGCAAGACUGGGUUCCGUGGACGUUGGUGAAACGGCUGAGCUGGAACAGGGACGCCCCAAUGGACGGGGGCAUCGACCGUGAGAGCAAGGGGGAGAGGGAGAAGCAGAAGCUUAGGGCCGAGAGGUUUGGAGAACCUGAAGCGGAGCCGCCGUCCUCCCGAGACCUCCAGAACCCCUUGGCGGCAACCGUAGACCCGGACGUGGCUGAAAUGAUGACCGACGAAAAGAGGUACGCGCGCUCGCAGAAGUUCAACAUCUCGGACCAGAUGUGGAGCAUCCAGGCCGAGGAGCAGGGGCUGCAGCCCGGCGAUAUCUUCUGCGGGGACCCCGACAGGACUGACCCGGAGCCGAUGGCGACAACGUUUCCCCACAAGAUUCAUAUCUUCAGCCUGGACAAGACUGUGUGCAAGCAGAUUCGGGACAACGAUGUCAAGGCGUACUUCGAUGGCUUCGGCCCCAAGUACGUGGAGUGGCUGUCGGACUGGUCGUUCAACGUGGUUUUCGACGAUGCGGAGGGGGCCAAGAAGGCGGCAGCUGCCAAGUCGUUCGGCCUGCCGGACACCCUUCCCAAGGAGAUCGAGGAAUCGAUCGGCGAGGAGGGGGAGGCGGUGGUGGACCUGGGGGGCAUGGGGUGGAGGCUGGGCCUACCGAUGUGCAAGGUUAAGAGCGACCGCCAUGGGUCCAAGGGACAAUGGGUGCGGCUGCUCCUGAGGUGCGCAGAGGCGCAGGAUAUCCUGCUGACGAGGCCGCAGGUGCCGGCCACUCCCGAGGGGCCGCUCGUGCGACGCGCGGGGGAGGGCAGGUUACCCCCGGCCGUGCUCGCGGCGCAAGGGUUGGCAGGGACGUUUGACUCCAUGACACACAGGGAUGAAGGGAGACGGCGGGACACCGGAGGCCGCCGCAAGAGAGGGCGAGGGAGCAGGGGUAGCGACGGCGACGGGGGCUACGGCGGGGACGGAGGCUACGGCGGGGACGCCGGACCUGAGGAGAUGAUGGGACAAGCUCUCAAAGCGCCACGCACUUCUUCGGGCCGCAGGAGACAGGGGAGACGGUCCGACGAACGGCGCGGGGGCGGCGGGGACGCAGAAACGGGAGAGAGCGAUGCAGCAGCAGCUCCUGCCGCCGCCACCGCCACCGCCGCCGCCGCCGCCGUUGACGACGUUACCCGCUCUCCCGCCGUCAAGUCCACCAUCACGGCGGUUUAA